CCUUUCUUGGUACCACUGUCGUUUUUUCUCAGGUUUAGGGUUUUUCUGGAACAUCCAUUUUUGCAGUGGCAGUCUCUCUCUCACCUCACUCUGCGACGUCUAUGGAGUCCAACAGUAGGGACGCCUCUGCGAUUCUCCGCGAAAUCGAAGCUCUGAAGGCGACGAGGAACGAGAUAGACAGCAAAAUUUCAGCCCUCGAAGCUCAGCUCCGAGAAAUUAAGCUUCAGAAUGGGAACGACAAUGGCGUUUUGAAUAACGGCUCUUGUCCUCCAAUAUCUGGCCUUGACUCUGGUUUCGGUCACGGUUUGACUCCCCAGAUGAUAUACCGAUACAGUCGCCACCUCUUGCUUCCUUCUUUUGGUGUCCAAGGGCAGUCAAAUCUCUUAAAGUCAUCAAUUUUGGUGGUUGGAGCUGGCGGGUUGGGCUCCCCGGCACUGCUAUAUCUCGCAGCUUGUGGUGUUGGACGGUUGGGAAUUGUGGAUCAUGAUGUGGUUGAGCUUAAUAACAUGCACAGGCAGAUUAUUCACACUGAAGAAUAUAUUGGUCAGCCAAAAGUAAAAUCAGCUGCUGCUGCUUGCCUCUCGAUCAACUCCACUAUCAAAAUUGUGGAACACAAAGAAGCUUUACUCGCAUCAAAUGCUUUGGAAAUUUUGAGCCAAUAUGAUAUAGUAGUCGAUGCAACUGAUAAUGCUCCUAGUCGAUACAUGAUUAGUGAUUGCUGCGUGGUAUUGGGGAAGCCUCUCGUCUCUGGUGCCGCUGUUGGAUUGGAAGGUCAGCUUACAGUUUACAAUUACAACGGCGGUCCAUGCUACAGAUGCUUAUUUCCAACUCCGCCACCUUCAACAGCAUGCCAAAGAUGUUCUGACAGUGGCGUACUUGGAGUUGUUCCUGGUGUCAUUGGCUGUCUUCAAGCUCUAGAGGCUAUUAAGAUUGCGAGUGCAAUUGGUGAACCUCUCUCAAGAAGGAUGCUUCUAUUUGAUGCAUUGUCAGGGCGCAUGAGAAUUGUCAAGAUUCGUGGGAGGUCAUUGCAAUGCGAAGUCUGUGGCGAAAACACAACAUUCUCCAAGCAACAAUUUCAGGAAUUUGAUUAUGAAAAAUUCACUCAGACUCCACUGUCUCCGGCACCUUUGAAGCUGAACCUGCUCCAGGCAGAUUCCAGAAUAAGCGGCAAGGAGUUUAAGGAGAGAAUUGAUAAUGAGGAGGCACACGUAUUGGUCGACGUUCGUCCAGAACACCAUUUCAAGAUUGUUUCUCUUCCAAGAUCCUUGAACAUCCCACUCCCAAGUUUAGAGGCCAGACUAGCUGAGAUCUCUUCAGCUUUAGAGAAAAAAGAAGAUGAAACAAAUUCUGGUUCAGGUGCCCAAUUAUAUGUAGUGUGUAGAAGGGGUAAUGACUCUCAAAGGGCUGUUCAGUAUCUGCACAAGAUGGGUUUCACUUCAGCAAAGGAUAUCAUUGGUGGGAUCGAAGGCUGCGCCCGAGAUGUGGACCCCAACUUGCCUAUGUAUUAGCAAAUGGUACUUAUUGUGUCAUAAGUCUUUUAUGCUUUUGAGGGUUACAAAUUACAAUACUUAGUUUCAUAUUUGCUUUGUAUUAACAAGGAAGAAAUGAAUUAUUAGUGGGUUUUGGUAUA